AUGAACGGUGGCAAGAAUCAAGCCCAACCCGGAGGACAAAAAUCGCAGAAUACCAGAACUGGUUGGAAGGGGAACCACAGUGGCAAGAGGAAGCAAUGGGACAACUCUCAGGGAGGUCCAGCGAGCAAGCAGAUCAUGUUUCCUCAGUGCAACACGUGCGGAAGGAAGCAUCCCGGAAAAUGUCGUAUGGGCACAAAUGUAUGCUAUAGCUGUGGAUUAGAAGGACAUAUGGCCAGAAACUGUCCUACUCAUAUCCAGACACCUCAACCACAGAAUGUCCCGAACAGAGGUAUUCCUCCACAGUUACAUCUGAUGCAAGCUGCAUUAGAAGGCCCUCAGAUAAGCCAAGGAAGAUUGGAAGCUCCGCCAGUGACAACGAAUGCUAGGAUCCACUCCCUCACCAGAGAAGAUGGGACGAGUGCUUCGACGGUCAUCACAGGUCAGAUACCUAUUAUUGGUCAUUAUGCAAAUAUGUUAUCAAAUCCUAAAUGCGAACCAAAGUAUGAAUUUAUCGGGAAGCCGAGAAACAUUACCGGUCAGGGGAUCUAG